AUGAGUUUCAACAUCAAGUUCAUCGCCGUCGUCUCAAAGGUUUGGAAGAGGCUCGCCUUCACCUUCUUCUGUAUUUUCAUUGCCUUCGCCUGCACAGCAGUGCUCAUGCUAAUCCUCAUAAUCGCACCGGCAACAUUCUACACCAUGAUAAGCUCCAGAGCUGGAAUUAUAACUAUUUCCCUCGUGAUUUUGUUUGCCACGGUCUCCUACUUGGCGGGGUUCGUAUACCUGGUGUUAGUUUCCUCAUUGGCUAACGUGGUGUCAGUGUUAGAAGAAGCUGGAGGGUUUAAGGCCAUGAAAGAGAGCAAUCAGCUACUCAAGGGAAACUGGUGGGUGGCUGUCAUCAUGCUUUUCUGUCUGGCUAUUGUCUAUUAUGUCCUGCACUAUGCACUUGGGAAGCUGGUUAUGUAUGCAUGGUCUUUUGGGAUAGUGGCUGGGGCUGUUUCUGUCGCAAUAUCCUCAUUGUUGCCUACGGUGUUCAUAUUGAUUGAGUUAGUCAGCCAAACAGUUCUCUACUGCGUUUGCAAGUCUUACCACCAAGAGAAAGUUGAACUUGAUCAAGUUAAUGUUUCGGGUGGAUAUGCUCCUUUGAACACCGAGGAACUUCAUCAAGAGAAAUUUAGUCAUGUUUGA